AUGCCUGGGCUGCCCCCCAUACUCGACAACUCUGCAGUAAUGUGUGCACAGCUCCUCCUGUGCCCUCCAGCGCCCCACUUCUCCCAAAACAGUGCUCAUUCUGCGGACAGUCUCACUACCUUCAAUAUUGCCAGUGCCUUCAUAUCCGAAAGUUACUUCCUUCAGUGCACUCAAAUUGCGGAGAAUCACGCUAUGGUCACAACAAUCAAGGAUGACGACUUGGGUGCAGACACUCUCGCCAUCACUCAUUCAAAGGCCAAAAAUGUGGUGCUUGAUAGUGAAGACACAGCACCUUCACAAGAGAAGUCGAAGGAGGCCACCAGUUCAUCGUCCAGUUCCCACGCUCACAAACAGACUUGCUCCAUCGAAAUCCUGCCUCUGGAUGUCCCCCUCGCACCCCCAAAGAAAACUCCAGCCUAUGUCUACAAGUCAAAAGCAGCCGUUCCAGAUGCUGCUUCCUGCAUCUACCAGAGCAUGCUCAACACUGCCAUUCCGAAUGUCACGAUUGCUGAUCUUCUGGCAGGAAGCUGUAGAACAUUGCAAACACACCGAGUAUCCCCUCCUUUGUCUGCCACUACUCUCACUGCUGCUAUUCCUGUCCCACCUCCUCAAAUCGAGCAUGCUACGCCACUUCGAGAACUCAAGAUCACACUCAAUGGUGUUCACACGGAGACAGCAUUACUCGACGAAGGCUCAGAGAUCGUCAUUAUUUGA